CAAACGCGCACGAUGAGGUCACGUCGCAGCCUCUGACAUAGUUAAAAUUGACAAUGACAGUUACGCCACAAACAACAUCUAAAAUUCGAAUGUUAAAAUUCCAGCCAAAUGUGUUAUUAUAAUUGUGUUUUCUAGUUUUAAUGUAUUUACCACGAAAAUGCCAGCUUCCAUAGGGGUGAAUCUGCGCGUGACGGGGCACUGCCGCCAAGGCGGCAGGAAAUACAUGGAAGACUUCUUUUCAGUGGCUUAUCAGCAAACGGAGGACGAACGAGACCUAGAGUAUGCGUUUUUCGGCAUUUACGACGGCCACGGGGGCGCCGAGGCCGCCGCCUUCGCCAAGGAACACCUAAUGGAGACCAUAAUCAAACACAAGUCUUUCUGGUCCGACAAUGAUGAGGACGUUCUGAGGGCGAUCAAAGACGGCUACAUCGCCACGCACUACGCGAUGUGGAAGGAACAAGAGAAGUGGCCCAGGACGGCGUCGGGGCUGCCGAGCACGGCGGGGACGACGGCGAGUGUGGCCUUCAUACGGAGAGGAAAAAUUUAUAUCGGACAUGUCGGAGAUUCAGGGAUUAUUUUAGGGUACCAAGAGAAUGGGUCCACGGAGUGGAGGGCCAGGCCUUUAACUAGGGACCAUAAACCAGAGAAUUUGGAUGAGAUGACGAGGAUAAACCAGUGUGGUGGGAAAGUUGUGGCUAAAUCAGGUGUUCCCCGCGUGGUCUGGAACCGGCCAAAAAUGGGCCACCAGGGCCCCGUCCGGCGCUCCACCCCCAUCGACGAGAUUCCCUUCCUCGCAGUAGCCCGCAGUUUAGGCGACCUCUGGUCCUACAACUCCCAAAUCAACCAAUUCAUCGUCUCCCCCGACCCCGACUGCGCAGUCUUCACAAUCGACACCAACAUCCACCGGUGCCUCAUCUUCGGCACGGACGGCCUCUUCAACAUGCUGAGUCCCCAGAACGCCGUCCACAUCGUGCAACAAGCCGAACGGCACAACGAGAACGCCGCUCUGAGCGACUCCAUCAACAAGACGUGGCUCAACCCCAGCAAGCUCCUCGUCGAGAAAGCCUUGGAGAGGUGGCACAACACGAAGAUGCGCGCCGACAACACCUCGGUGGUCACGCUCAUGCUCGACCCCCCCGGGCCGCCGCGCGCCCAAGUCCUCAAGAACCGCAAGAAGAACGCCUACCCCGACAGCGGUCUCAAGAUCAUGACGCGGUUCGAGGAGAUCGCCACCAAGCUGAAGGAGGGCGAGGGCGGGGGCGACCAGGUGAGCACUUCCCCCACUCUUCCAGCGCCGGAGCCGCCCGAGCGGAGAGACGACGAGGCGAACCCGGUGACGUCGAGCGAGGUCACCUCGAACUCGUUCCCUCUGAAGGAGCGCAACUUCGCGUCGAAGCCGCGGGAGAGCACGAGCUUCGACCCGAGGGAGGCCGAGGACAAGGAGAACGUGGAGAAGGACACGUCGAUACAGAUCAACGAGAUCUCGUCGAGUUCGAACGACUUCAACGACAACUGCGACGAGAACUCGAACGAGAAGGUUAAGCAUAAUCUCAGGAGUGGGGGGAAGGCGCCGCAGGUGGCGACGAGAGGGGCGAAACGUAAAUGUGAUGACGGGCUCACGAAGGUGAGGAAGAGCAGCCGAUUAUUGAAGGAGGGGAAGAAACCGAAGAGUGCUUUAAAAAAUAAGAUUACUUUAGCUCAGAGGAUACUUAGGAGUAAGAAGAUUUCGAUUAAGAAGAAAGUGGCUCAAGUCGCGAAGAAGAAGCUGAUCAAGAGUAGGAGGGCGAAAAGCGACGAUAGUACAAAGAAGAGUGUGAGAAAGAGCCUUAGAAACGCUAAAGGAGCGAAAGCGAAAUCGCCCCCUAAACCCAUGCCAAAAAGGAGCGACGUGCAAAAAACCCGCAAUCGAAGAUUGCAUCGUAAGAAUUAAGCCAUUUUUUAAGUUUUUGUUUCUUUAAGUAACUUAAGUGUCUGGGAAACAACGUGAUUUUUAUAUUAUAGAUUUUUCAUUCAAGUG